AAACUCUAAUGGACAAACAAAGAAAAUAUAUAUUUAUUUGCUUUCUAACAGCAACAGGUAACUUCCAGCACAGCAAACAUGUCGUCACACCACUUCUCUGAGCUAGACUCCACCACCGACUCCGUCGCGUCCUCUCCACGCUCCGAACACCUUGCUCCUCAAGAUGCCCAUACACGUGUACGGUUCAUGUGUAGUUUCGGCGGCAAAAUUCUCCCUCGUCCGCACGAUAAUCAACUCUGUUAUGUCGGCGGUGAUACGCGCAUUGUCGCCGUCCACCGCUCCACUCCCUUCUCAGCGUUCCUCACCAAGCUCUCCAAACUCUCAGGAAUUGGCAACUUGAGUGUUAAGUAUCAGCUCCCAAAUGAGGAUCUUGACGCGUUGAUUUCAGUGACUACCGAAGAAGACCUGGAGAACAUGAUGGAUGAAUACGAUCGGUUAGCACAGAAUCACAACCCUAGGCUAGCUAGGAUUCGUGUUUUUCUUUUCUCCAAAGACGAUGAUGAUGGAUCACGACCAAGUAGAACCAGCUCACUUUUGGAAGGCUUGGCUAAUCGUGAACAUUGGUUCUUCGAUGCACUGAAUAACGGAGAAAACAGUUCUGGGCUCGAACGUGGCCGUUCUGAGGUGUCGUCUAUCGUCUCCGAAGUUCCCGAUUAUUUAAUUGGGCCAGAGAAUUCCAAUGAUGUUCAUGUUCGUGACCCGAAAUUAAGGACUCCCCAGCUUUUGCAUGAGAACGUCUCAGUUCCGGACACGGGUUCUCUUGCCCCGGGUGUUUCUGUUUCCUCUUCCUUUAGUUCGACGUCGGCAGCUCCUACUGUACUACCUUCUAUGCUCGAUCUGCGACCAGUUAAGACUAAACCGGAUAACACCCAACAUGUUUUGGAGUCAAAACAUAGUCAAACGGAGAGUUUUGUGGAGCAACCCGUUUCGCAGCCAGUCGCAUAUUCGGGUAGCCCUAUGUGGCAUUAUAUUCCAGAUUCUCGUUAUUCUGCUCCUGCCGUACAACAUAUACCCGUUUAUUAUGUUCGGGGCUCUGCUCAACCGGGAAAUCCUCCAUUUCAACCAAUUCAAGUGCAGGCCCAAUACAUCCAGCAAUAUCAAGUUUCCUCGGGUCAAAUACCCAUCGGGUACCAUCAGCCGGCUACUGGUGUCGGUCAAGUAUACAGGCCAGUUACAUCUGUGGAUCCUUAUGACGCGGCGUUAAGAGUGGCCCCUGACGGUGUGAAUCAACCACUAUAUUAUGGAGUUAGGAAUUUUGGUCCAGGUCCAGUUUACCCAGGAGUGGCUUCCCAUGGUGGGGAAGAAUUGACUAUAAGUGCACCGGAUAUGACACCGGGUCGGAUUUCCCAAUCAGGACAAUAAAAGUAUUGGUCAUAUGGCAAUAAUGGCAUGGUAGUUUUGUGCCUAUUCACUAAGGUGCUUUUAAUGUGUAUCAUGGAUUGAUGUAUCUAGAAGAGUGAUAAUGUCAUGACUCAUUAGCUGAAUAUUGAACUUUGUAAAA